GUCGAUGUAAAUGUCGCUCGAAGCAGCUGUCAGACUUACAAUGUAAGAGCAGGUAUAUUCUUCACUCUGAUUGGUUGAGAUCGGGAGCGGGGGCUUCUAUUUUGAUUCCUAGUGAAUUUCUCGCGAACUGAUUUGAAUUUCUCGCUGAAGGAGGUGAUCUUUAAUAUUCUGAACUUAUGUGACACAAAAAACAAUCCGUUCUGGUCAACGGUUCCGUACGAUUAUAUAUUAUCUGGUCUGUGAUGUCUCGAUGGAGGAUUUUUUCAAUUGCGAGCGACAUUUAAGGCGUAAAAAUUGACAAAGCAUUUCUGAGGAGCCAUGCCUAGGUCUUACAACAAGAUGGACGACACCGACCCUCUAGCCGCGAAUGAGUCUCUGGUAUUUACAUUUUUUUGUUUUAUGUGUAAACCUUGUAGCUUAAAUUUAAGGUUAAUUUUUAUUUGGUUUUUCCAAAAAAUCCGCUUUGCUCUUUAAUGUGCCUCUGCAUCUCGAAUCCUUACUCAAGCAACCAGUCCCCCGAAUUGACAUCCAUCGCAUCCAUAUUGUAUCAUGCGAGAAAAUUUGUCAGAAAUGCGGUCGCAAUUUUUUCAUCGAAUCAUCCAAGCUAAAAUCAAAUAACAACGUCAUCAGAAGGUACGGAGAAGGUAAAGAAAAUUAAUCGUGAAUUAUAACCUUUUCAGUUAAGACAGGUUGUGUGAUUGAAAACUUGCUGCUUUCAAAAUAUACGAUUAUAAACUUCAAUUUCGGCUGGUGUUUCGAUUCUCUCCUUCCGUCUUCUGAAGUAAGAUAAAAUUAACGCAGAAAUCUUCUCAAAGUUGCCCACGAAAAGUCGUUUUCUUUCUUCAAAUGCGGUGAUUUCGAUUCGAUCAAAGAUCGACCCAGCGAAAAGUGAAAGUUAUUAAAAAUGAAUGAAAGCGGGCGUCAUGGCCGAUUUAUCAUGAGGAUAUUUUAAAUUUCGGUGAUAUUUUUUUGGCUCUUCUUUCAUUGACUUCAUCAUGUUCGACCGUCGACUUUCUGUUCUUUGGCAUAAUAUUUAUUUUUUUCAACACAAUCGACAAAUUUCUGCUAAGCAGCUUCAAGGAACUAGCUAGAAAACAUGUUUAUGCAAAGUAUAAUUACAAUGCGGAAAAAAAGGACGGAGUAACGUUAAGGACGGGGAAUUCAAACGAAGGAAAAAAACUCGAAAAUAAUUUGCAAAAGGUACCGUUUACGCAUAGGUACUAACUGAAUAAUGGCUAGCAGCAAGUUACUUGGAAUUUAAACUGGAGAUGCGCAUUCGCAACAAUUGAAUCACCGUUUUGUUUUGAAAUGAAAUUCAGUGAUUUUUUUUUUCCCGCGUGUUUUCGUGCUUCGAAAAUUUCACCUACAAUCCCCGAGGGCUACUUAAUUACAAAUGAAAGCAUCGUCAGGUCGACCUCGCUAAAAUCUUAAACCUUUUUACAUGUGGCUGUUUGCUUCUCUAUGGAAACAAAAGCCACUUCAAAGGCACGAGCCCAACCAGCACGCAGUAUUGCGAAGAUUAAUUAUACCCAACAUGGAGCCAGUGCAUACUGCUACCAGGCCAUGAAAAAGAAAACGGGAAAACGAAUUUAAAUGCCACUUCAGCUUUUUUCUACGCCUCGAUGCUACAAUUGUUUGUUCAGUUCUCUAAAGAAAGCGUAGCAAUUUGCAUAUGUAGGGUGCUUUCCGUGGUACAUGUUUGUAUAGAUUUAAACAGCGCUGAGGUUUUGUUUAUUUUGCUAUUAUUUUCUGACAACAAGGAUACUCGGACGUGUGUUAUAGCGAACAUUAAAGACACUCGCACGGAUUUUAAACGAAAGUCAUAUUUCGCUGACGAUGAAAUUUUGCCACCUAUACGUUUUUUUCCCUUUUAUUCUUAAUCCCUGUCACAAAAAUUCUAAUUAUGAUUGAGAAUUAAGGCGGUGGUUUUCAAUCGUCCCAGUUAGAGUAAGCAACGUGAAAAGGAUUGCAAUUACUAACACGGCAUGCAGUGUAUAAAAACAAUUAGCACUAAUUUUUGAGCACCAAAUUUCCAACUGAAUAUACUUCAGUUUAAAAGAGAAAUUAAAACAGAAAAAAGUUCCUCGGUAAUUUUUUUUCCUUUUUCGUAACAAAAAUAAAUAUUUUAAUAAGUGAGCCGUUUCAUAGGCGACAGAGGUAUUCAAAAACGCAUACCUUAAUCUGUCAUUCUUUGUGUAUUUAAAGCUUUAUAUGUACUUACGAAUAACACAACCCUAACUUCUAAUCAGACUAAUUUCCAAGAACUUCAAAGAACCUUCUAGUAUAAAUGAAACAAGUCACCCAAGUGUUAUUCUACCAAAAGAUUUACAUAAUCGUAAGUUUUUGACAUCUCAAGCAGGGACCAUGCAGGUUUUAAUAAUAAUAAUAGUACGACUGCACAGGAGUUGGGUCACAUAACCGAAUUAAUGAUAUGGUUGAUGACCAUGAUUGUGUGGGAUGUAGAUCAUUAUUGGAUAAGAGCAAAUAUUCCAAGAGAGUGGAUACCUCCGAUCAUUACUACAAAAAUAUAUAUUUAUCAGAAAUAAGCAUGUAACACAACAAACAGAAAAGAUGCCGUGGCUGGAUUCCUCCUUUGGAGAAGUAUUUUUUAAAAGAGUCUUUGGAUUUACAACAACUUUGUGACGAGAAGCAACAAUUAAAUUAAAGGAGACAAACUAAAAUGAUAAUUCCUGUUUUUCUUUUACCUAUAUUUUUUGUUCAACAAUAAAAGUAGGAUUCACAAAACCUUGUUCAAGUUCAACUCUACAAUCAGCCUGCAAUCAAACAAGCCAACAAAAUUCUAAAAAAACUAAAUGAUAUUUCAAAUUAACUGUGAUGAACUUGGGACCCAAAAGGGCUUUUAAGAUACCAUGAAUAAUUUAUCACAGUCAUCAUGUGCAUGUGCAGAAAGGAUGGCAAAAUAAUGUUAAGGGUUUGAAUUUACUCAAAAGCAAUUCAUUAAAAAGGUAUUCUGGUUGUACUUAUUGUCCUAAACCUCGAAAUAGCUUGAAUGAUAGAGAAAAGCCUGUCAGCAAACCUGUCUUAAGGAAAAACUGGUAUAACAAAAAAUGAAUAACUCCUAUGUCAAAACACAUCAACAAAAGUGCUACUACAGAUUUUAGGAUAACCUACUGUUAUUAGCAGUGCUUAUACAGUUUCCAUGGAGUUUUUUUAAAACACAUAAAUUUUGGAAAUGAAACAUGCAUAACACAAGUCAAAAGCUAGAGGCUGUGUUCCAACACCUCUUAUUCACACUUUGCAUGUAAUUCAAUUAAAAUCACAGAAUGAAAACUACUCAGUAGAAACAUUUGUGACAAAUAAACCAUACUGAACAUGUUUUACUUCACCCACUAAUUACUUUAGGAAUCAAAAUAAUUCAAAUGACUAUAUUUUUUUCUGGUUAACACCAGGUGUUAAUGUUAGCACAUCACACUGUACUAAACUUGACAAAUGUUUUAUUUACUCAUUCUCCUUCAUAAGCCCAAAAGAAUUGUGGAUUUCUUUAAAGAAAACUCUGGAAUGAUGACAAAUGAACCUAACCAAUACUUAAAAUACAAAAUACAACGGGGAGCCGGUUUUUUCAAAUCUAGGUUAAGAUAAUCUUGGAUUAGUGUGAAAUCUGAUUUCAGAUCUGGAAGCCUUGGAAGAAAAUUCAGUAUCACUCUUAUUGUCUUUAAUUUGAUUACUGGAUGCUCUACAGGGAACAGAGAAAUUGUCCCCAUGAACAAAGGAAUAAAAGAAUCUGGAUUAUAAUUUGACUUUAGGUUUAUAGCACUAAUCAGCCUUCAAUAAACUCGGCCCUGAUCUGGAACACCACUACUUCACACCAUGGAAAAUAACAACAAAAGUUUUGUAUCUUUGAGGAAAGUUUGACAAGUACAAAACACAAAUCACUUUCAAAUCCCUGCUAGCAAACAUUUAUACUUGUGAAAUAAACAAGAAUAUCAACUUAUCUAUAUUGUUAGGCAAAUCAUGUAGGUAGUUCUUCCAUUGCUUUAUUAAACAUCCAUGCAAUCUUGUUUCACUAAAACAGUAUUGAAACUCACCAUAAGGGACUCAAUAAUUUAUGUUAACUCAGAUUUCUUGUUACAAUCAUUAUGAAAAAUCAGAAGGCCAGGUUCAACCUUACUGCAGUUGUUUGUAUAGAGUGGAGCAAAUCAUUUUGCCAAAAGUACAAUUUAUGCCCAACACCAACCUUAAAGAAGUCAAAUCUGAUGAUUGAUGAUACUUCAAACUGUAGAUCUCAGCAUAAUGAUUGAUGGUUUGUUUGUUAAAGUACUAAAAAAACCACAAAAGGUACUACCACACCCCUUAUAAGCAAACUGUUAAACAAUUCACAAAUCUUAAGUUAUCCAUUUCCAACCACUCAAACAUACCUCAUAAAUUAGAUGGUAAAAAUUCUUAACAAUUGACUUUACCAAAAUAUACUACUGCAGAUAUUUAUGAUCAUUGAACAAUAAAAAUAAUUAUUUUCUCUUCUUUUAUUUAAAUAAACUUAAAAUUCCAAAACUAAGGAUACAUUUUAGUUUUACUUGCAUUAAAAAAUGAAAGAAAAUCGUGUUUACAAAUACCUGUAUUUUGAGAGAAAAAUGCAUAAAUUUGGUCUUUGUUCAAUUAAAAAAACAGCUAUGAAUUUUUAGAAUAGUAAACUAAAUUACAAAAGUCAAGGUCAUUUGCUAUUUUGUUUACAGAUUAAGUCACAAUAAAGGAACAACAAUGUUAUAAUCUCUGCUUGAAUCAUUUCAAAGCAAAAGAAAAGCAUGCAAUUGAAACUCACCUAGUUAGAAGAAAUGUCUACAAAAGUUUAGACUUCAAGGAAAAAAUCAAAAGUAAACAAAAUUCAAAAUAAACAUUUGUGUUAAGACCUGUGUUAGGAUUGUUAUGCCAUGAUUUCAAUGAAGCCUUAGACUUUUGACUUUUACCAAUUACUAACUAAAGGUAGCAGGUACCACCUGUUAUUGAGAUGACAACAAAUUGCUAUGCUUGAAUUUUGACAUGUACUCUUAGUUUGCUUUACAGUUUGAAUAAAGAGCACAUUACAGCAAUUCCCUUUCAACUGGUACAAAAUAUAUUCUGAAAUUUUUUUGGAUGUGACACAUUUUCUCCAACACAUAAAAUUCAGUUAGCUGAGAUUGUAAUAAGAGGUAAUUUCAUCAAAAUAAAAUUCACCAAACUUGUUCAAAUACUAUUUUGAUGUUAGAAUGUCAAACAAACACUGAUUUGUCACAAACUUAACACUGAUUUGUCAAUAAGGCACAAAACAGUGGAUCCUACUGAGAGAAAGUCAGCUUCAAGUGAUUUUGUCUGAGAUAGAACAAUAUCCUAGAGCCUUUGGAGAGAAAAACAAAAACAAAAACAGCAAAGUUAUAGUGCAAUCAACUUAGAAACAAAAAUGGAAACUGAGGAUCAGAAUGAGAAAAACAAGGAAGACAAUAAGGCAGAUCAACAGGUAUUUUUAACUGUUAAUGACAGAAUGAAGACAGGUUUUAUUCAUCGCAAAUCCCCCGAUCAUAAAAUCAAAAGUUCCAUCGUUCAGAAUUUCCAGUGUGACAGAUUUAUGAGCCUUCUUAUACUAUAGCAUUAGCACAAUAACUGAUUAAAAAAGAUUAAAACUGAAGAGGAAACAUUCUAAGUGAACAAUAUUUAUCUUAAAAAAACACCAGUGACAAAAAUUUUAUCACCACCACUGUAUAACAAACUCGUGUUUAGGACCUUUGUUUCACUGACAACAGGUUUUAGCAGCAGUUCAAACUAAUCUACACAAGAGUAAUAACACACCUUAAAACUACUUCAAAUAUUCAUAUGAUUAUCAUUAAAUAUAGUACAAGAGCAUAAAGGGGGUAAGUUUCUGAAGAAACUGUGUUGCAGCUUCAGUGGGGGGUAUUACAACUGAGUUGAUAAUGAAAAUUUGCUACCACAGAGAUUUUCUAAAGCUGAAAUUUCAAGCAUUUGCCCUUGUCAGAGCUUUGAAAAAACAUCAGCUUUUGAAACUCUCUACCAUGGCCAAUUUACACUAUCAACUCAGUUGAUAAAAUCAAAUUACCUCAUGAUAAAGCAUUUGUGUAUAUAGACUAAUAUUGUAAUGAUAGAUUACCAUCACCAGAGUGGCACUGAAAUUGGAAACCACCUCUUUAUAGUAAGAAGCAGACAUAUGUCACACAAUCUCUUAAGAUAUCCGAUGCAAUCACACAAUUACUCAUUAAAUACCAACUGAAUUUAAAUGGAAUCAGUAGAUCAUUGAUGAUUCUCUCAGUAAAUAAUAAUUUUUAAUGAAUUUCAACAUUUUUCAUUAUUCCUCAACCUGGAGACCUAUUCAAGUUAUUCAUAACUAUUGACCACAAUUCCCACAAAAAAUUCAACACAGCAGCCUAAGCCAGCUCUCAUUAUGAAAUACCUGAGAUAAUACUAGAGCCCUGAUGAUUCAAAACCUAUCAUAUAUUGCACCAGUAAACCCAUAGUUAUUUUAUAAAAUUAAUAGACCACACUUUCGAUUGAUUUACCAGUGGGAUGACAGGAGAAUAUGGGAAAAUUUUUUAAAUCGCAAACCAGAGACAACUGACUCACAAACCUUUUGGUCUAUUGCUUAAAUAACAUUAUCAUUCGACUAUUAUGUCAUAUUACCAUUUAAGGGAAAUGGAACACACAAAAUAUGCCUAGGUAAUGCACUGUAGAACAGGACAAAAACAUACAGACAAACCUCAAAGCCAACAAUAAUUUUUGCAUCAUGAACAACAAUUAAAUGGUUUCUUUGCAUUGUUUUCUUUCACACACCCCUUGUGUAAUCUGUACAAUACUCACAUAAGACUGUGUGACAUUUCAAAAACUAGAACCCAAAAGACAAGAAAAUGAAAUGGUUAUAGCAGAAUAAUAAAUCCCUUAUUCAAUGGUUUAACAUAUAAUAUGAGUGAACAUUUUGCUCAUUGCUCAUAUUUUUAUUUGCCCGCAUGGGGCUUGGAAAAUACCAAGCAACUCCCAAUACAUCUGUGCAUAUUAGGUAUAAUAUUAAACCAUCAAACAAGGUGUAUUUAUUUUAGCUCAAUUGAAUUAUUCAAACUUUAUUUCCAGUCUAUGACUGAGAAUCACAUCAACUACAGUCAAUCUAACCUUUUCCAAAAUUGGUUAUAAUUACAGCCUAAAAUAGUAUACCAGUCUAAUGUGAAAAUUUGUCGGUAAUUUUUAAGAAUCAGUACCGGACUAUGAUAGUGUAGGUAGUGUAAUUUAGUGUAUGAUGCUGACCACCUUAAGGAACUAACCUACAUUUGAAGCAUUCAUUACAGGAAAAUACUCAUUACAAUAAGACUAAAUUUCAUCAAUUACCAUCUCCAAUUUAGAAAGAUUCCUCAUAAGUAUUGAAUGCAAAUAGAGCAAGUUUCCAUUUCAAAGAAGUACCAUAAUAACAUUUUCAUGUAAGAUAAUUCAAGAAUUCAUUCCUAAAAGUCAAUAAGUAAUCUCUCUUGUUUUAGCAGUUGAAAACUGAUCAAAACACCAUUUAAAACAAAAUUAAUGUGAUCAAAACAUGAUCUGAGAUGGAAUUUACCGUUGCCCUUUGUCACUUAUCCCUCUGCUUCCCAAGGUCAGGGUAACUUUAAUUUGUGGUGGCCUUUUUUAUUUCUCUCUCUCUCUCUCUCUCCCCCCUCUCAUUUAUCUUAUUACUGAAGGCAAAUCAGGCCUUUGAUAUUUAUCUACACAAAUGAAGUACUAUUUGCACAUUUAAAGGCAAACUCUGUCCGUAAACUUGAACAGCUCUUGAAAAAUAAUUAUCGUCAUCACUGAUAAUAAAUCCUCCUUCAAUUAACAAUUAUAAUGGGAUUUUUUGAUUGUCACUUUUCAGUCACAUUCAAUAUCCUAUUUUCCUGGAAUUACUUUUAAUUCACGAUCAACUAUAACUGUUGUAUUCAGAAAUUCUGUGUAGUGCUAAGAUCCUUUGGUAUAAAAAGGCAACAGUUUUAAUUCUCUUCUUUUUCUUCUCAUCUUUCUUUCUAGGAAAUGGCUUCUUAUAAUACUUUUGAUCCAGCUUACAAUGGAAUUUACAAGGUUCUGUUCCCUAGCAACCAUCUAAACACAUUGACUGAGUUAAAUUAACACAGUGUUAAAAAAAAUUCAAGGAUUUCUGUGUAAUUCAAUGCACUGACAAAACUCUAAUAGAUUUACAUGUACCACUAAAUUGAGUAUAAAUUGCUCUGAAAACUGAACUUGAUAAUAUCCUAAGGCACAUGAAUUCGUUAUUACACAAAAAACAAAUUAAUCAAAUAAAUACACUAACCACUAGUAAAAGCUCCUAACCUUUCCCUGAAGAAUGAUAAACCUUUCAAUUUUGAAAAAAUUGACCCUAGAGGUAUUUCUCAAGUUCAUGCAAAAUUUUGUGUUUAUAAUCACUUGACUGUAGAAUGUUCAUUUUUGUUAUACAAAAUUAAAUAUGUCAAAAAAAACAUACAGUAAAAGAUUCACAAAAAUUACUUUUAGGAAACAAAAAGAUUUUUUAGCUAUUGCAGGAUCCAAACAAAAACGUGCAAGAGAUUCACAAAAUUACUUAGGAAAUGAAAAGAUUAUUAAGUUAUUUCAGGAUCAAAACAAAAACAUAUUAUAACAUUUAGUUCUUUUAGCUUUUCAUCAGUCUAAUACCUGCUGUAUACUUCUCACCAUCUGACUUUCAUUGAGUUUUGUUUAUCAUGCCAUUCACCAAACGUUUCUACUAAUCUUUGAAUUACUCAGUUUCUAAAAAACUCCUAGUAACUUGUGGAAAACUCAUCUCCAUUCUCCCUUCACACACAGUAAAUAAACCAUACUUCGUUGAAACAGUUGACAAUUCAAAAAAUUUCCCAUUCAGCAGGACAUUCCAAGAAUCAACCAUAUGCACUGUCAAUUUAGUCACCAUUUUUUAAAACUUUUUCCUAAUUAAUUAAUAUACUAAUUUAGUUAAUUAAUGACUUUACAAAUCAAAUAUAUAAUUCCUCAUUAAAAUAUAACAUAACAGAAUAACAAAAGUUAACUUCAAGUUUAAUCUAGUUAUAAUAAUUAAGUAAUUAAUGGCUGCUUAAUAUUACAAAUUACUGCAUGUAAUGACUUAAAAAAUUACAUAUUACAUGUAUUAGAGUUAAAUAAUAAUUUUUCAUGUAAAGAGGCUCUGAGAGCAAAACUUAUAGCAAUUAGCAGUUUCACUAGCUCCACCAAACCAUAUUUUUCACAGGUUUACUGGUACUCAAAUUCAUGUAGUUGGAGCAAAACAUAUUAGGUGUUGUAAGACCAGAGAACCCCAGAAUCUGAGGAUUUUUUGUGAAUGCUACAAAGUGAUAUUUCAAGGCAAAAAUGUCACUCAGUUUGAGUUGUAAAAACUGCAUAAAUAAGUCAAUGAAUUAUUUUCAAUGCAGAAUUUUGAUAAUGAUGAAGACAUGAGUGGUGAGAGAGGUUGCUACUUCAAAGAUGGCAAAAGAAGGAUUGGUAAGCUGUCUUUUAAUAAAAAACCCCACACUUCACUCUUCAUGAAAAACAUAUGCAACUACUCUUGUGCACUUACAAUGGUUGACUUUGUUUUUCUAACUUUCUGACAAGAGUUUAAAAUAAUAAAAUCCUUCAGCAGUUUCACUCAUGGGCCAGUAGUCAGCCAUUCUCCCCGAGAAGCCAUUUUCCCUGAGAAGUUAUUCUCCCUGAGAAGCUGACCCCCACCUCCCUUUGAAAAAAAACCCCACCCCAGCCCCUCCCAUUAUACAAUCCUUGUUUCGUCUGAUUUUAAGAUGGUUACAAGUUACUGCUUGUUUUACAGACUUUGUGCUUGUCUAUGAAGAAGAAGAGAAGGCGCCUCCACCUAAACAUCUUGAGAAAAGACAAAAGUUUCUGGAAAAUUUAGCCAAGUCUCAGCUAGAAUUUGAAGAGGUACGACUUUGGUUAAAUUCAUUUUUAGUAUAAGCAGUAUGAGCCUUUAAUUGAAGGAUACAAAAUUAAGACAAAGCUUGUAAAUUGGUGUACACAAAUCCUUUACCUGUGUAAUAUUAGCAUUCCGAACGUAGCUAGUCGAGAGUUGUAGAGAGUAGUAAUGGCAGAAUGACGAAAGACUAACGUUCGAAACGUCAGCUUUGAAACUCCUAACCGGGGCCAAUUCAGGAUAUAAACUCAGUUUAUAGUACCAAAUUACCUUUGUAUACCCUCCCACCGACGCAGUACCACAGUUUCUUUCGAAAUUUACCACCUUCAGUUACAGCGUCCUCUGCUUCCAAAAUGUUUACCAAGUUUUCUUGAGACAUAACGAUUGGGCUUACACCACACAUUAUGCCUUUUACAUUGAGCACCAGGUUUCCCCUGCUAUUUUUAUUCAAGAUGGCGGAUGAACAGUGUAAUAGAGUAGGGAAAUAUGUGUUGAAAAAUUCCAUGUUUAACCCAUAGGAGGUGACUCAAGACAAGAAAGUCAAGUUACAUUUUAUCAAGUGUCAUGCCCCAUGGGAAGUGCUAUUGUUCUAUGCGGAGGAGCUAAACUUCAGAGCCCCGCUCGAGGUUAGAAUCCACCCAAUCUUCAUUUCUGUUUGCAUUUCUUUUCAAGUAAGGAUAAAAAGAAUGAGCUUUGGAAAAUUGAAUAGAGAGAGAGAAUGUUUUAAUGGUAAACUGUAUAAUCAGCUAUUUAUUUUUAACAAACUUUAACUUAAAGUGAUUCUAAAUUUGCCCUUUUUAUCAAUAGCUUCGCACAACGAAGAAGGUAAACUGGUCAGAAAGAAUCUUAGAAAAGUUUCGCAUACCAAACAUCUUCAAGGAUGAUGUACCAGGCACACCCAAUGAUUACUUCACUUGCACAUUCCAAGCGAACAAGCUCAACAAGUAAGUUGGUCACCAAGCUGGACCAUUACAAUUUACCACGUUACAGUUUGCAGGAUUUUCUUUUUACGAACAAUCAACUCGUUACACGCUAACAACAGUAUGCAUAUUCUCCACACUUUCCUCCACUCAUUUCGUAUGGCAUGAACGAGGAGAAUUUUUCAAAUAGUCUAGACCUUCUUUGGUUGGUGAUCAUUUCCUUUAUUCUCAUGACAUUGAUGUUUGAUUCACAGGUGAUACUGUUAGGAGAAAUUAGAUGGCAGUCCCUCUUAGGGGUUAAAGGGUUAACAUACUUUGCAAACUAUGCCAAAUAAAGAAAUGAUCCUCGCAGGUCAGCUGUGAUAUGGGCAAUUGCAGACCUGAAAAACUUAAGGCUUUAGCAGGAUUCAAACCAGUGCCUCCCAGGCACAAAAUUUUGUGUGUUAAAACAAUCCUAGUUAUAUCAUUUUAUUUAUGUAUGCCUAUGUUCCGGGUCAAAUUAGGUUCAUGUUUUAAUAUUUUUUUUCAUAAUUUCUGCCAGGUUUAUUGGCCAUGAAGAUCAAGAUAACUACUUUACAGAAACAGAAAGAACAAGAGUGGUAAGUAGCUGAGACUUUUCAGUUCUCUUCAAAUAACUGCAACAUACACAUACAUGUAUUUUUUUGGCCUCUAUCUCUUUCUCAUACAAAUUGUGGUAUAUAUCAUUUCAGCUAUCCUCUCUUACCAGUCGAGACACAAAAACUUUUUAAUUCCUUACACCCUAACAUCAGUAUGCAUAUUCUCCAUACUGUUCUUUAUAUAUUUCUUAUGGUGCUGAUUAGGAGAAUUUGUUUAACAAUCAAGAGCUUUCAAUUACUGUAGUUGAUGAUCAUUUUCUUUACUCUUGUGACCUUAAAGUCUAAUCCAGGGAUGAUUUUGUAAGAAGAAGUUUGUUACUAGUCACUCUUAGGGGUCAAAGGGUUAAACUGGUGGUUUUGAUUAGAAUUAGUAUUUUAGAGUUAAUAUUGUUAAUGACUAUCAUUGUAAUAAUGAAUUUAUACUUUUUGACUCCAAGUGGUGUAUGGCAAUAAAGGAUAUGGUGAGGAUAGAGUUAAUAUCUCAUAGUAAAAUACUCUGCCUUUCUUUCAAGGUGUAUGAAAUUAUGGAAACAGCUCCAUUUGGCAAGAGGCAAAAAGGAGAAAUUGGUAAGAAUUAAUUCUAGUAGAAUCUUUAUGUGAUCAUAGAAGAUAAGACUGAGCAGGAUCCUACACUUUCUGAUAAGUUAUUGAAUAGUAAUAUUUUUUUUUUAAUAUUAUGCUCAAAAUUUAGGAUAUUAGGGAAGUAAGGAUCAAGUUCAAGAUCGCCUUUCAAAAGAACCAAUCACUGUUCUCAUAAAUAUGUUCUAAAGAAAUGUAGUAUAAUAAGAAAAUGAAUUAUGUUUCUCUACAGGCAUUAAUCGUCUUGUUGAAGAAGAAGUUUUCAAGGCUGGGUAUCCUCUUCAUGUGGUAAGGUUAUGUGAUGUUUUUUGCCACCAUUUUAGAUAUUUAUUCAUCUUUUUAAAUUGAACACAUGAAAUUUUGCUCAUUGCCAACAGUAAGGUGAAAUAUAUUUUUGUCCAGAGAACUAAAGGUUGACAGUGCUAAUGGUAUAUAGAGCUGUCUUGUAGAAGUAUCUGGGGAUUUAAUUGGCAAUAGGUAAUUUUCAGUUGUUUAAUCAACCCUUUAACUCUCAAGAUAUUCUAGUAAAUUCUCCCCUCCAGUUGUCACACAUUUCCUUGUAAAUCACUUACAAUAAUUUGGUUUUAGAUCAAGAUAGUAACUUCUAUUUGAAGAGUUCUAGUAGUCUCACUUCUGGGACUUAAGGGGUUAACUAAGUUGCUAUAUCAGUUAAAUUAAAAAAUCCUAUAAAGGACAAUUGCUGACUCACACAAUUUUAGUACCAUUCAGCUGCAUAGUAAGUAAUAAAUACACAUUUACACAUUUUUUCACACCAGGGACCUGCAGAGCUGCCAAAGGAAUGGAAAGAAGGACCUGAUGGACCUGAGGAAAUCAAACUUAACAAAAGGCAGAUCCUGAAAGAAUACUGGGCACGGUGGGGAAAGUGGUUGAAGUAUCAGCCUCUUGAUCAUAUCAGGUUUGUAAUACUACAAUUAAAUUGUAUUUUGUUUAAUUUGUAUUUUUGGGGAGGGGGUACUCAAGAGAAUUUUGUAUCAGAUGUUCUGCUUUGAGGUUUAAAAUCUUAAAUGUGUGUAUACAAAAGAGUUUUCAUCAUACCAAGAAGCGAAUAUAACCCUUGCUACUUAAGCAUCAUUAACACAAGUCAAAUAGAGUUGUUCUUCAGAAGGAGCUAAAUUAAGGAGUUAGUAAAUAGAAAUUGGAGAGAUGGUAAGUUUUGAGUUCAGUAAAGAAAUAAAGAAAGAUGUUUUUGUCUUGUCACGAGCGUGGGACAAAGAAAAAAUUCUGAGUCCCUGUGAGGAAUGGAACCUCAGACCUUUGGAUUCCACACUCCGAUGCUCUAUCACUGAGCCAUAGAGACUCAAAAGUGAGCAAGGUCUAUUAUGGAGCGUGAAAUUCAAAGGUCUGAGGUUCAAUUCCUCAUGGGGACUCAGAAUUUUUUCUUUGUCCCACGCUCUGACUAGAUGAAAAACAUCUUUCUUUAAUUAAGGAGUUGUUUGACCAAUGUGCAGCUGCCAAUACACCCAGCCCAUUUGUUAUGAGAUGUGAUAAGUUUUUUUACUAUGCUGUCAAGUACACUAGUCUUAUAUAUCAAUUUGUUAUUUAUAUUUCAGGGAAUACUUUGGAGAGAAGAUUGGUAUUUAUUUUGCAUGGCUAGGUAGGACUGUUUCCAAUUUUAUCAAAUCUCCAACACAAAUCUGAAGUCUCAGAGCUUCCAAAAAUGUUUAAAAUUACAAUUCAAAUUAAUUCAAGAUUUUCGAUUCUUGACCAAUGGUGAUGUUUAGGUCAGUACACAGCAUGGCUUCUCAUGCCAUCAUUUGUUGGACUGCUGGUGUUUCUGUAUGGUGUCAUAACCAUGAAUGGACCUGACAACAAACCUGCGUGAGUAUCAUUCAACCAUUAACCUUUUCACUGCCAAGAUCUCUUAAGCCUUUAACUCCCAGAAGUGAUUAACAUAAAACUUCUCCCUACAAUAUCCAUACAUUCUUCAACAAACAGGUAAUGAGAAUACUCAAACUAUCAGGUAGAAGCUGCUAUCUUGAUCUAGCACCAAGUUCUCAUAACUAAUUUACAAGGAAACGUGUGGCAGCUACAUAGGAUAAUUAACAAUCAGAUCUUGGGAGUUAAAUAGUUAAUAAGUAAUUCUCUUUGCUCUCUGCUAUACAUUUCUAAUGACAUUAUUUUGGAGAAUUUGGUGUUGGAUCAACUGAUAAGUAAGUUUUUGUUUUCAGCCUUGAUGUGUGUAACAGUCCUCCAGGAACCUACAUGAUGUGUCCAUUGUGUGAUGAGUCCCUUGGGUGUCAUCCAGUUGAUCUUCACACAAGUUGUAUGCUGGGCAAGGUGUGUGACCUCUCUGUUCAUCAGAACUUGAACUUCCCUUUGACUUUUGUGAAUGAGGGAGUUCUGCCUAGUCAUCUAUAAAUGUUAGCCAACUCAAUACAUCAAAAGAUCCUCUCCCCUUGGAGCAUGCUGUCAUUGAUGAAAACAAAAUAAAUAAAUAAAUUCUCUGUCAAGCUACUGAUUAUAUACCACUAUUUUUUUCAUGUUCUGUGACUCAUAUAUGUUAGUGUACGUAAGGUCAAUAAAAUCAAUAUCUAACCAACAUUUUUCUAUUUCCAUCCUAUUCACAGGUUUCGUACUUGUUUGACAAUGCAGCCACAGUUUUCUUUGCUGUCUUUGUCUCCUUUUGGGGUAAUUAUCAUCUAAAAAAGCCUCCCUAGAAGUUACUUUUAUUAAAUAUGCUUGAGACAAAAACGUACACAUAGAAACAUACAUGCCCUCUACAUGUCUCUCAAUGAGCUUUCUUGUCCAUCAAGUUUGGCUCCACCUGUGGUAGUGGUCAGAAUUUUUUUAAAAAAGUAACUUUUGUCAGUGACUUGGGCUUCUAAUCUCAUGGUUGUGGUUAUUUUAUUUUGAAGCGGUGUUUUUCUUGGAGUUUUGGAAGAGAAAAGAAAUAACCCUGGCAUAUCACUGGGAUGUUCUAGAGUAUGAGGAAGAGGAGGUAAUGUAAACAAAUGUUCCUACUGGGGGAAAUAUAAUUGUUGUAGGUAAAAUGUAGCCAAAACUCACUGGUUUAUAAAGGAGGUCACCCUCUACUCUCUUUUAUACUGUAAAUGAAUUAAGGUAAAGUUUCUAAAGAAAAUGUGGUGCUGGGUCGGUGGGGGACAUGAAAAGAUAAAUGGGGUUUAUCAGCUGGGUUGAUUAUGUAAACUGACCACAGUAAAUAGUUUUUAAAGUAGACAUUUGGAGCGAAGGGUUCUACAUCGAGUUUGUUAGAGUCUUCUGAAGACCUUUCCUAGAAUUUAUUCGCCUUGACAUUGGUCUUUCGUUUGUUCAGGAACGCCCACGGCCAACAUUUGCAGCUUUAGCACCAACAGUAGAAAGAAACCCAGUAACAGGAAUACUUGAACCACAUUUCCCUGAUGAGAAGAGACAACCUCGAGUCUUCUCGGGAAUAGCUAUUGUUAUUACUAUGGUAAGAUGUUAGUAAUACUGGUUGAUUAAGUAUUGUCAGUUGAGUUGAUAACGUAAAUUGGCCACCAUAAAGAGUUUUAAAGUUUCGAGCGUUAGCCCUUCGUCAGAGCGAAUGGAGGAAUUGUGGGUUGUGUGUUAGUACUGUGCAAACGACUAACAUAGUUUACCCUUAAUUCGGCAUCGCUCAUUUUCUCGUUUAGACAGGCCUAUUUGUCAAAAUGUGAAGUGAAUAUAACCAUGUUUAACUGGCGGCAGAAUGACAGCACUCAAUCGCAUCUGAUUGGCGGAGAAUACCGCAUCUUAGCUGUUUUUUUUUUGGAGCAUUUAGUAAGCAUUGCCUGAAAGUACAGGCAAUCGCUCCAUUCCCGUACAUGCUCCACCACACCAUCUCUCUUACCGUCUCGGUUAUGUUCGCAUGCCUCUGUUUUUGAUUUGGUUUGGUUUGGUUUGUCUUGUUUUCGCACGCAGUUGUCUGUUUUGUUGUCUGUUUUUUCGCUUAUUCAAAGUACAUGUACUGAUCUGGAGAAGUGGGAGUGCUUAGGUAAUUAUAUUAUGAAUAUUAUGAGACCUAUCUUCAAUAUUAUUAACCAUACUUACCUUUUUUGUUUGUUUGUUUUGUUUUUUGUUUUUUUGUUUUUGUUCUUUUUGAUCAGGUUUCUCUAGUGUUGGUGUUCAUGGUGGGAGUGAUCGUCUAUAAGCUAUUGGUUUACCGACCGCUGGCUUCUAAUCCAUCCACCCGAGCUCGAGCUCAACAAAUCGCUAACAUCACUGGCGCAUUUGUCAACUUGACAAUCAUCAUGAUCCUCAGCAGGGUGGGUACAGUCUAUCACAUACUGCUAGUCACUGUAUUCAUAUCUUUAAAAAGCAUUUCUAACGGCGGGUAGUAUAUCGGUGGAAAAGUCCCAAAGUGGAAAACUGUCCGGGAAAAUUUGACAGCUGUCCGAGGAGCGCAGCGUUACAUUCCAUGGCAUGGCAUCGAAAUUCAAUAGAUAGUCCUAAACAAUCCUUUACGCAAUCUCUUUUGUACCCACAAAGAAAAUAUUGUUGAAGUUGCCUUCCCAUGCAAGGGUAAUUUAGAGUAUCAAGGAAAAAGAAUGAAGUUGUUUCAUAUUAUAGGUAAACUGAAGAAUUCUGCAUUCCUUUGUAGGUUUACGAAAGAGUCGCCUUAGCAUUGACUCAUUGGGGUAAGUUGUCUCAAAUUGAUAGUAGAAGAAAAGGAAAUGAAUCGGUAAACUUAAGCAAAGGGCUCCCCUCUCUGUAGAGGGUACAGUGAUACCCUGCUACUGACAGACCAAACCUUGUCGCGCUGGAAGAAGAACGUGACCACUCCUUGUGGUGAACUGGUCUCAUAAAGUUUGUGUUUCUUUAUGCCCGUAGAAAUGCACAGAACACAGACGGAGUAUGAGGACAGUUUGACUUUCAAGGUCUUCGUGUUCCAGUUUGUGAACUUCUACUCGUCCAUCUUCUAUAUUGCAUUCUUCAAGGGAAAGUAAGAAAGUAGUUUUAGGAGCAUAUUUAAACUAUUAGGGUUAUUUUGCCAUCACAACUCAAUCAGACACACAAAGUGUUAAUAUCAACACUUUGUGUGUCCGGUUGACGACCUCAACUUACAAACUACGAUCCCAUAACGCCCCACUCACUUCGUGCCCGCCUCCAGUCCUCUUAUACGUAGCGGCAAAAUAUUCAUUUAUGCUAGUUACGACAAUCACAAUUGACAUUUUUCGCUUGGUGUUGUUUUCUACAUUCAAGCCCUACAUCGCGUGUGAUCGUCCAGUUGAUCAUGUUUAUAAUGUCGGAGGGAAGUUAUUUUCAGAGGUUUUGGAGGGGUUGGGAAGGGGUUGAUAAGGAGAUUUAACUUCAUAUCAGUGCAGGGUACUCAUGAUUUGUGGAUUGUGCAUUUUGUUUGUAGGCUGGUUGGUUACCCCGGACAUUACCGCAGAUUGUUUGGCCUCAGGCAAGAAGAGGUAAGCUAGAUUGUGAAAGUCAUCAUUAGGUAGAGUAAUGGUGUCACGCUCACAUUUCGAGGUUUUACACAGCCAGUAGGUUUCGUUAUUGUAACUCACACCAACAUAUGAUUUGUUGUUUACUAGUGUGCACCUAGUGGCUGUCUUAUGGAGCUGGCUCAGCAACUUGUGAUCAUCAUGGUUGGUAAACAAACCAUAAACAACGUGCAGGAGAUUGUUAUUCCGUAAGUAUAACGCUGAGUUAGAUUAGUACAUAGCGGUUCUAGGAAAUCCUGGAUUGUUUCGGCUUUAGUGUUGAGCGCUUUUUGAUUGAGUAUCGUAAAAUCAAAACCAAAGUAAUCACACCAGCUUAUCAGAAGAAAGGAAAGGAAUUUUAAGAGCCAGUGAGAACUCAAAGUAAAACCAACCAAAAAGCGCGGGAAGAUGCGGGUGACCAAGUCGUGAUUUGCAUCUGAUUGGUAGAGAAAGUGCUGCGAGUUUUUUUUGGACCAAUCACAGAGUGAAGUAAAUCAAAACCAACGCAAUCCCAGGAAACUUUCGACACUCAAUUGAAUAUUGCUCAAAUAUUAUAUGAUUCAUCAAGCAAUCAGAGGCAAACCUUAAACCAAUCGUUAACCAAACGUUUCUCCGUUCUCAAGCCUGGUUGCGAGUUUUGCCUGUAUUAUGAUAACCUCUUUCAUUCACUUAGGUUUGCUUUUGCAGCUCUCAAUAAAGAGAUCUAUUUUUUCUGCAAAGAAAAAAAAUCAUGGCUUUGUGUAACCAGCAACCUGAAAUUUAUAAGACGAUGGUUCAACAUUUAGGGAAGAAGCUGAGGGUUUUCCAGACGAAAUUGUUGGCUUAUCGAAAUUAAAUACCUCUCAUAAGUGAAGUGCUUGAUGAUUUGUCUGUAGGAUGUUAAAACAAUGGCUCAAGAGAAAGAAGCGUGGUACAUCCAAAGAAGAAAGCAAACCUCGUUGGGAGGCCGACUAUGAACUGGUGGAAAAUGAAGGACUCUUCCAAGAAUACUUGGAGAUGAGUAGGUGUCCACGGAAAAUAUUGUUUUUGUAGUAAUAGCUAACAAAUAGAUUCCACCGCUGCAUCGGUAUCGCAGAGAUCAUGGGUUCAAAUCCCGUACGGGCGUGAAUUUUUUUUCAGGCUUUAUUUUCACUACUACUCACAAGUAGUGUUCAUAACUGUGAGGAUCGCUUCCAUAUUCGAAAUAGAUUCCAUGUUGCCAUGCGCUUGUUCAGUAAUAGAACACAGAUGACGUCAAAUGUGGUAAGAAAAAAAAGUAGGAUACCAGGCGUAGCUUAGUAUGUCACUGCUGUUCUUACCACGUUUUGAUUUCUUCUGUGACUCGUCACUGUACAGACCCCCGACAGUCUAGAAUCGAUUUGUUUUAAAUGAUAAAUAAGCAAAAUGUUGUGGAUGGUGACGUCUUAUAUGCGUCUGCCCUCCAAGUUAUCAUACGUAAUAGCCAAUCAAAAUGCGUGUAGGAUUGAGCUUAUCAUAAUUAUUAUAAUUUGACACAGAUAUGCGUAGACUAAACAAGAAAGAAGAAUAUUUGAUCUAAGACUGUCUCAUUAGGGUAAAACAGUAGAACAGGAAACAUUGAUUCCGUGGAGUUGCUCAUUUUAGUCAGUUAAUUGUUAAUGAGAGUGAGCAACAGUUCUUUCCGUCGCAAUUGCUAAUAGUGAAGUUCAUAUCACAAUUUCUGCCAAGAAGGAAACAUCUGAAAAUAUCCAACUAAAAAUUUAGCUUGGUGAUGUACAAUUUUUCUUACAAACUGUUGUUUUCACCCAAAAAGUUCUCCAGUUCGGUUUCAUUACAAUCUUUGUGGCUGCCUUUCCUCUGGCUCCGUUCUUCGCUCUCGCCAACAACAUCUUUGAGAUUCGCAUUGACUCAGACAAGUUCGUUUGUGAGGUGAGACGACCCAUCGCCGACAGGGCUCAAGAUAUCGGCAUCUGGUUUGACAUUCUGGACAGUGUUGCUAAGAUAGCCGUCAUCAGCAACGUAAGUAGAAAUAUCCAAUCACAAUAACGGAAAUAAAUUAAACAUCAAUCACAAGGUGGCUUGCACAAUAGUCGAUUACUCUCGUGUAAACAACGAACUUAGAACUUGUUUAAGUCUCUGAAUACGUUUUCUACUGCUGGAGAUUUUUCAUGUGAUGCCAAGUCAAUAAGGCAAAAAUGUGCUCUAUAUCUGUGUUUAUAACUUUUUUUCUGCAGGCCUUCCUCAUCGCUUUCACCUCAACCUUCUUGCCAAAGAUCCUGUACCGCUUUGCAAUAUCAGAAGACAAUUCCCUAGAGGGAUAUCUUAACUUCUCCUUGGCUUGGUCUCCCCAUAACACUACGGCUGUACCAUGCAGGUAUGCCUAAGUCUUGUGAGUAAUUUUCUACGUAGAUACACAAGACAUAAUUUAUCUAUCAAGCGAGUUGUUGCAUGUAAGGAAGGCUUUUAUGUUGACCCAAAGUCAAUUUCCGACUUUUGAACCUUGACGGGAUGCCGGUGAUAUCACAAUUAUCUGUUACGGAGGCACUGAAACCCAAAUUUAAUGAGCUCCAUGCUAGGAAUUCGUUAGAUUUCAAUGUAGCCAGUAGAUUGAAUUUUGUCUGUUAUGCUGUACAGCGUUCGAAUUAUGAUUUCGCGAAUCUUCUCAGACUGAUUUAUUCCACUUCUGUUGAACUUUUUCAGAUACGCAGAGUUUAGAGAUCGUGAGGGUCACUUCACUAGUUUUUACUGGCAUCUGUUAGCCCUUCGGCUAGGAUUUGUCAUCAUGUUUGAGGUGAGAUUGUCUCUUUCUAAUCGUGAUGCUUGUAAGUAAUUCAGUCGAUGUAGCUAUCUCAGUUGUUUACUCCAAAGUAAAUCGGAAUAUCCUGUGAGCUCUCGUGGGCUCCCAAAAUAGUAUUGUGUCACGUGAUUCUACCGUCAUAACCUCACGCCCUAUUGCUUAGCAACUUGAUGAGCGAACACCAUAGCCUCACUAAAACGGUUACCAGUCGUUGAGUAACCACGGUCGUUUCGUACCCACGGUCGUUUCGUUCCCUGUCAGUUGAGUCAUUUCGUACCCCUCUCGGUCAUUUCACACCUAAACUAACAAAGUAUGUUUUCCAUGUAUUAAGUGAAGAAAAAAGAUAACAUUUACACGAGCUAUUAUUGUUAAAAAAAAGUCACAAGUAUCAACAAUAGACUUUUCUAUAAAAUAUCACACUCACCGUGAGCUAGGCAAUAAUUAAGUUGCCUUACUCGUUUUACUCAACUUUUUUGUCGUACGCAACGAUUGACAUCUGUUCACGCGCUGGCGCGUGAUGCAUUUUGAUUAAAUGUAUGAAUCGAUGAGCGGGUUGGGUACGAACCGACCUAAACUUAGGUAAGAAUCCAAUGCAUUUGAGCACAAAACGAGUAAAUACGAAACGAGCGGAUACCACUGAAACCUGGACUCUCUUAUACUCUCCUUGUAGCACUUUGUGUUCUUCGUGUCUCGUUUGAUCGACUUACUGGUGCCAGAUGUACCACAAUCGCUUGAGAUAAAGAUCAAGCGCGAAGCGUAUCUUGCUAAGCAGGCGUUGUCUGAUCACCACAAUCUAAUGGGAGGAAAGAGUGAUGGUGAAAGUGCCGACGAUCUGGAGGAAGAUUAUAUACCCUAACUGAUGUUUGCCUUUUUUAGUGUAGAAAGGAAAUUGCAAGUCCUGAAAAUGUGCAUCGCGUGAUCGCGUCACACUAUGCUCAAAUUUGCGUGACUCCAGGCUACGUGAAGGGUCACGUGGUACUGCACAACGCCAGUUUUUUUCUGGGUGUAUUUUUAUGGUCAACUAUAGUUCAAAAUUUCUCCUCUGAAAACUACCGGUCACCUCAUUAUUUUCAGGUCUUGCAAACCGUUUAUGCUUUUGUAGCUGGGUGACAUUGUAGUUGGGAUGCAGAAGCCAUACUAUAUACGCUUCAGCUGUGUGGGUGUAUAAGUAACAAUGGUGACGGUGUACGUGAUUGGUUUAAAGAAUGGCAAAAAUAAUUAUUGAUAUAUUUACAUCCUUAAAAUCAACUGUUGUCGUGCGUAGUUUUAGUCGCUUGAGCUGAUUUCCUCCCAAUUAAUGAAAUAAAAAGUUAUAAGAAAGAUUUUUAGUGCAUGCAGGAGAGAACGGAUGCUGAGAUUUUGAGAGUUUUUAUUUCCUCUCUGAAAAUUACACAACAUUUCCAUGAAUUUCUUAAAGUUUCUUGUUUUUCGCCGUUUUUUUUUUUUUUCUUCGUCUUUUUCACUGUAAAGUUAUUUAUUUCGGUAUGAAGGUUUCUUUGGUCUUCAUUGGUCAGUUUCAAAAGAAUUUUCAAAUGUUGAAAACGCUCAAAGAUCCUUAAUCUUUGAUGUGUCAGACAGUUUAUUCUAUUCAUUAAAAACCCUCACAACUCUCAAGGUCACGAUGAGAUAGCAGAAAAAUAAAUUAUUUAUUACCGUUAAAACUAUGUUAUACGCUGAGGUGGUAGGCUGAUGGCAAUUGCUAUCAAAAUAUAAGUUAUGGGGAACGUCCUUAUGGCGACGGGAUGAUAUCUGAUUUUCAGAUCUUUAGAUAUUAUUUGUUUUUCUUACUGUUAUUGUAUAAUAUUUCCUGGAAGGGGAAUAAUUUCGAUUUCACCAGUAGUGAAAUCAAUAUGACACUUAUUGAUUUAUUGACAUAGAAUGUCAAGAUAUUUUCCGUCAUCUGCCAUUGAAAGGAAACUAGGAAAAUCGGUGGAUAGAGAGAUAGAAUCUUAUUUGGAGGCAACUUCGUUCCCAGAGUCCUCAAUCUUCCUCCCUUGAGGAAGGAAACGAGAGGACCUUGGGAACGAGAUUGAUUUAGAGGAUAAAAGGGGAUAAAUUAUGCCAUUUAAGAGGAUGAAGCGGAACUAAAACUGGUAAUGUUGGUGUUUGAACGACUGAUGAAAACAUACCAAAACCGACCGGUCAAUUGUCACAGGCACAACGGAAUCUUCAAAAUUACGUUUCUUAACCCUUUGAGGCUCUCUUACAAAUACUCAUUUAAUUGAAUGUAAUUUAUUCAGGUGAUAUAUUUUAUUAGAAUAUUAAUUUACGGUUCGUCAGGGCAGAAGAGCUAACAAUUCGCAUGGAAAGUUCGCUUUCCAUUUGUUUUUCAAGAAAAAUUAUAUUUGAAAAUUAUUUAGUAAGUUAUUAAGUUUUAUGGGACAUUUGUCGGGAAGGCAACAUUGUAUAGUUCAGGGAUGGAGAGUGUAAAUUCCCGUUAUUGGGGCUCCGAUUGUUUUCUUUACCUAGUUUGGUGUCUAAGCGACUUAAUCGCUGUGUAUAGUACUUUCUGUCAUAAAUAUUGGUUUAGUUAGUUUCAGCUUGGUCCAAUAUCUUUAUAGUUAUUAGCUUUGAUAAAGUGUACGACGCUGUGAUAUUUUUCUCUCUGCUACAUUAAUUGAUACAAUUAGAAUUACCCUCAAAAAUUAAUACGAUAGUUAAUGAGACUUGCUAUUAAUUACAAAAUCAAAUUUCACUUUCUUUAAUUUUGCUGCACUAACUUACUUCGGGAAUAGUGUCCUUCUGAAACCAAAAUUAGAAUCUCUGUCAUCUAUAUAACGGAUUUGGUUUUAUGGCAGGUUGUGUAGCAGGGAUACCUUGAAUCGUGUAGUGGUGUACCUAGUAACUGGAUAGUAACAGCGUUGAUUCAUGUCGUAUGAUAGUCAGCGGUAUAACACUCAAGGGCGGUACACUACCUGCAGGCGGGUGGCCUGGGACUGUAUUAAAAGACGUGCAAGAGUGGCUGAAAUAAACUGGUUCGUUGGACAAUAUUGAUUGUCUCUUUCAUUUAACUUUUGUGGACAGUCUGUUUCAAUUGUCAUUCCGUCUCCUUUCGCUCGCAC